AUGAAGAGGAAAGCUGCUUCUCCUCGCCUUGCAUGUCGAGGUAUUGUUACAAAGGGUUCAAUUUGCUUGGGGGCCCCUUGGGGGCCCCCUGGGGCCCCCGUGGAUGUUGAGGACAUCGGUAGAGACGCAGCAGCAGCAGCAGCAGCAGCAGCAGCAGCAGCAGCGGAGGGGUUUGAAAGCAGCAGCUGCGAAUGGGCGGUAUUAAAAGGCGUUAGCCUCUCUUUGAUUGAGUUGGUGAUAGACAAAAAACUAAAUACACCUUCAGACUUCUCUGUGACAGACCCUAUUCACCUCAACGCACUCGCAACAGAGUUGAGCGUGGAAGCAAGUGGAGGAGGUGCAUGCAAAAGUAUAGAGUUUAAUGAUGUGCUAGCAAAAGUAGAGAUAGACUUCGUACAGCCUCUACUUGAAUUCAAUGACCUGUCUAGACAGCUAGCAAACAACCCUUGCAGCACCUGCCACUUAAAGCUGCAGCACCUCACCCUAGCCUCCAAACAAAUACAGCUUGAGGAGGAACGCGGGUAUUUGGCGGAGUGUCUGAAUGCGCGUUCUUUGGAUUUAUACCCUGACUUGCAAGCGAGAGAAAGGGUUUUAAGGCGGUUUGGCUUUGUUCAUGAAGAAGGCAGACCUACACUGAAGGGGCGGGUGGCUUGCCAAGUUGUCUCCGGGGAUGAGCUGACGUUGGUUGAGUUUGUCUUUAGGAACGGAUUUGAGGGUUUAUCUAUAGAAGAGAUUGCAGCAGUGCUGAGUGCUUUUGUUGGCUGUGAUAGAGAAAGAGAGGAGACACCUGCACCCACAGCUAAACUACAAGACGCUCGCAUACUAGCAGAGACAAUCCACACCGAGUUGCUGACUGCUCAGAAGCAAGAAGGCCUCCGCGUAGCAGAUGAAGACUGGUGGAGACUCUGCAACUUCGAUAUGGCCCUCGUGGCGUACGAAUGGGCCCGGGGAGCGCCGUUUGUGAACGUCAUGCGUCUCACCACUUUGCACGAAGGCUCCGUUCUGGGCCAGGCUAUGGUGUUAACUGGAAACUUCGAGUUGUCGAGACAGCUGGAGACUGUCUCCUCAAGAAUACGCAGAGACAUUGUCUUCGCGACUUCUCUCUAUCUCCACUAA